AUGGGCUGCCCUUCAAGCAAGGCAGCUGGCCAAGAGGCCAAUCCCCGAGGGAAUCUGGCGAAGCCAGACUCUGGAGGUCGAGUUAUUGACAAUCCAGGAAAAAUACUCGAUUUCUACAAGCUUGAAAAGAAGAAGCUGGGGGGAGGGCCCUUAAGCUAUGUCUGCGAGGCGAAGGACAAGGCAACGGGCCUUGUCCGUGCCGUGAAGACCAUUGCCAAAGGGCACAUUAAGGACAUGGAGCGGUUCAAGCAAGAGCUUGCCAUCAUGAAGAUGAUGGACCAUCCGAACAUCAUCAAACUCUACGAGAGCUUCGAAGACCGGAGGAACAUAUACCUAGUCAUGGAGCUUUGUGCGGGUGGUGAGCUUCUCAGCCGCAUCAUUGACGCUGGCAGCUUCACAGAGGUAGCAGCUUCCACCUUGAUGCAGCAGAUCAUCCGUGCCGUGUCCUAUAUGCACCAGAGGAAGGUUGCACACCGGGACCUGAAGCCCGAGACCUUUCUUUUCGCCUCCUUGGAGCCCAUAGAAAACAACUGCCUCAAGAUCAUUGACUUCGGCCUUUCCUGUAACUUCGUGGAGGGCCAGAUGCUGGCUACCAAGGCUGGCACGCCGUACUACGUCGCCCCCGAGGUGCUGUCGGGCAAGUACGACGAGGCGUGUGACCUUUGGAGUUGCGGCGUCAUCAUGUUUUUGCUGCUCUGCGGUUAUCCUCCCUUCUAUGCGGAGUCCGAUCAGGAAGUUUUGUCCAAGGUGAAGAUGGGCAACUUCAAUUUCAACCCUUACGACUGGAAGAAUGUGUCGGAGCAAGCCAAAGACCUUAUACGCAGCCUGCUCCAGAUGCACCCCAGAGCAAGGCUCACAGCGGAUCAGGCGUUGCAGCACGAGUGGAUCAAGGACAAGGCGCCCAUGGCCAGAAACGUAAGCCUCCAGUCCAUUGACAACAUGACGAUGCCAUUGAAUCGCUGGAGGCUGAAGCUGGCACCGGCACCCUGUCCCAUCAUCCCUCAGCUGAAUGAGGAUCAGAUCAAGCAGCUCCGCGACGUUCUCAUGACGAUGGAUGAAAUCGGGGACGGCUUGUUGACCGUCAAUGAACUGAAGGAGGGGCUUUCCAAGGCCGGCUUGAAGGACAUCCCGGUCGACUGGUCGCCGAUGCAGGAAGUGGACUCGGAUGGGAGUGUGAAGAUCGACUACACGGAGCUUCUAGCGGGGACUUUAGACAGGAUGCAUAGCCAAGAAGACGUUUGCUGGUCUGCAUUCCGUGUCUUCGACAGGAGCGGCGAUGGAAAGAUCUCCAUGGAGGAGCUCCAGCAGGUGCUCCGUGCUCAAAACGUAGAGGAGGUAGUCGGUACGAAGGCCAUCACCGAGAUAAUGCUAGAGGUGGACGGCAAAGGCGAUGGCUUCAUCGACUUCAAAAAGUUCAUGUCGAUGGUGCGAGACCACGCGAAGGGUGGAGAAACGGUGACGGAUUCCACUUUGUGA